UACAGAAUGAAAUCAAAAUGGCGACGCACAACAAAAAUAUCUCAUGAAAUAUGCCAAGGAGGAAAAAUGGGGAGAUUCCCCUACCCGACGGCUGGGAAGAAGGUCGAGAUUUUGACGGAAAAGUUUUCUUCGUAAAUCACAAUACCCAGCAGACGACAUGGAUUGAUCCUAGAGACAGGUACACCAAGCCUCAAACCUUCUCCGACUGUGUUGGAGAUGAAUUGCCAUAUGGAUGGGAGGAGGUGUAUGAUCAACAGAUUGGUGUCUACUAUGUAGAUCAUAUUAAUAAAACAAACCAGCUUGAAGAUCCCAGGCAGCAAUGGAGGUCGGAACAAGAUGCGAUGUUAAAGGAGUACCUUGGCACUGCAAAUGAUGACCUUGAGGCCAAGAAAGAGAUCUGCACAGUUAAGGAACAGAGGCUGCAGCUGGCCCAGGAUGAGUACCAGCAUCUCCAUGACACGCUUACUGGCUGGAAGUCCUCCAGAACUAGUUUGAACUCCAACUCGAGUGUGGGCAGUACAAAGUAUGACCCAGACCUGCUGAAGGCCGAUGUAAUGCUUGCGAGGAAGCGUGUGGACAGGCUCCGGCAUGAACUCGCCCAGAUACAGGCAGAGAUGCAAUACAAACAGAAGGGUUACGACACUCUUGUCAGGGUUGAUGAGAAGUUGUCCCAGCCUGGAGCGGGCUACAGUGCAGAGGAGGCUCGGCGGAUUAUUGAAGAAAUGAAGUCCAUACAGGUCUGUCUGCAUUCCGGGGAACGCGAGAGGCUUGAACUUAUGCAGUCUCUGGCAAGGUUGAAGGAGGACUUCAUGCAUGGGAAGGUGGGUGGGUCCUCUCCCGAUGUGUCCACUCUGUGUAUUCCUCAGGAGAAGUCCACCACAGCCUCACAGACCGAUCUGCGUGGUGGAGAGUUUGGUAUGAAGAGCAGCCGAUACCUGGCGGAAGUGACGAGACUUCGACUGCAGUAUGAUGAGGAGAAACACCGGUUGUCCCACCUAAAACACAUGUUGGCUGACCUGGAGGAUGAUAUGAUCCCUGGACAGAAUGAGUCAGACAAGGACAGGUUGUUGCUGGUUCAGGAGAAGGAGCAGUUGUUACGAGAGCUUAGGGGGAUCAACCCCCGGGGCCGGAGCCAGGAGGAGAUAGACGCCACCCACCAGCAUAUACAUCAGCUCUCACUCGACCUCAGUCAUGCCAAAGAGAUCUCUAGCAAACAGAUUGCCGAAAGGUUGAAGAAACAAGAAAAGAAAACAGAAAUAUUGAAGGAGCUUGCUGAAACAACUAAAAAAACAACGAUGCUUGAAUCUCAGCUCAAAAGUAUGUCAAUGAGCACCUUGUCAAUUUCCUCAGGCUCCAGCCUUGGCAGUGUCGGGUCCCUGGGCUCUUUGUCAGAGAGCAGUCGGGGCUCCCUCAACUCCCUUGGGCUCCCAGACUACCCAAGCUACAGCUCCAGUGGGUCCAGUCUGCAGGAUCUACACCGAAGAGUUGAGAAGCUCCUCCAGGGUCAUAGCAGUAGCAUAUCACCUAUACAUGAGAGCCCGGUGACUGUAAGCCCAGAUGUGAUGGCUGCAGCAACCGGGGGCUAUCUGGAGAGCGUGCUUGGCAGUAGUAAUCAAGAUAUUCCUUCGGCGAUGGGGUUAAACAUGCAUGGAUAUGGUGUACACGGAAUGCAUGGUGGUAGUAUGAUGAACAUGGGCUCAGCAGUGCCUCUUUACAGUACAAAUGUGCCAAACCACAGUGCAAAUGUGCUAAACUAUGGUGGUCUCAUGCCAUCUUCCAUGGGUAAUCUACCAGUGUCAAAUUACUCCAGUGUGCAUCUAGGCAGUGGCCAUGGUCUGUCUGGAAGUACCGGACAUUUACCUUUAGUGUCAUUAGCCUCCGCUUCCUCUCAUUCAUCAUUGACAUCAGUGUCGCCACCCACCUCCCCAUACGAUGUUGGCCCUCCGCCCACAUACGGUCAGCAUAUGAAUAGCGGUGUGCCAAAUGUCACCAAGCCCCCACCCCCCUACGUCCCUCAGGGACGAACUGCUCCCCCGCCCCCCUCCAUCUCUCCAGGCUAUGUAAAUAAUCCUGCAGUCUCAUUACCCCCCUAUGUACCUCAAGUCAGCAGCAACCAAUCAAAAAUGGCCUCUGAUGCAGCAGCAUUAGGUGCAGCUACGUCAAUAACUGCGCAUACUCAGUCAAAAUCAGACUCUUGUCAAACAAGCGGUGGAGUAUUGACUUCAAACUUUGUAUUACCGUCUCAUCAGAGUUUAGAUGUGAAUAGUGACUCCAUGUAUAGCAAUAUUGUGAAAAGAAAAGCAUACUCAGAUGGGGCGGAGAUUGGCUCAAACCCUCCCCUCAGCCCCAUCAGUGAAACAAGUUCGGGCGUGUGUAACAUCUUGUCAUGUGGAAAUACCCGGAGCGUGUCGGCGGCUGUCAGUGAUGAGUCAGUAGCGGGAGACAGCGGAGUAUUUGACGCUGUUGUGAAAAGGGACAUGUUGGAUGAGGUGUUAGAGAUGGGCUUGGAGAGUGCUCAGAUACAGAUCAAACUCAAGUAUGAGACUGUUGAUGGUCGACUGAUCGUUGGACUUGAGCAGGCCAGGAACCUCUCAGCCCUGCAGUUCCCAGACAGAUCUAAAGUGUGCAUCAAAGCUGCUUUACUCCCGAGCCCGGAUCAUUCAUGGGUGACAGAGUCUAAGUCUGACGUGAAGAACCCGCGGUUCAGUGACAUGUUCCAGAUGGUAAUCAACCGGAAUAUCCUCCUGACGAAGACACUGCAGGUGAUGGUCAUGUGUCUCCAGGAGGGAAAGCCGGAUGAGUGCUUUGGUUGUGCGUCUGUCAGUAUGGCAGACUUUGACCCCAAGGAUGUGAUAUCUGUACGAUGGUACAACGUGCUGAGCUUCAAGUUUAUGCAGCCCGACACUAGCACGAGUGCAGGGGGUCGGAGAGUGGUCGAGACAGAGAGGAAUGGGCAUGAUGCCUCCCGCAUCACGUACAGCAUGUCCGAGACCAGCAGUCAAUCAGCAACUUCUACAUUGACGAUAAUGAGUGAUAAAGUGACACGACUGCUUGAAGCAUCGUCUGCUCGACUGAGGCGAGUUCAACACAGCUCUGAGGAAAGGGACAGUGGAUACCACACGCAUCCGAUGGUUUCGAGUCUGAAGGAGGAGAGCAGUGAUGAGUCUACCGUGAUAUCUUCCCAGACAUCCACGCUCACCCGGAACCAGGGGCCUGACGAGAUGGAGGAGCAUGGGGGUGGGGACGCGGUCACCCAGAUUGCUUCCCUUGGGGUAGGGAUGGAUGGUGGCCUCGGAGAUGAGGAAGACGAUGAUAUAGAAGACGAUGAUUUGGAGUAUGAAGGUCUAGAUACAGCGGAGGAUGUGAUACAGGGCCUGGAACAGACUCUGGAGGGUAUAUGUAUCAGUGAGGGUUAUACCGACCAGGACGACACACUCCGUACAGAGACCGCUGACAAAGAGACGAACACCAUCAACGUGCGGAACAAAGGGGCGGAGGCGCGACAGGAGGGACGGAACAGUAACAUUCGACGAUCACAGACCUUCUCUCCAGCGUGUCGGCCAGGCGGGAAACAUGUGGUCAAGUUGAACCGUAGUGACAGUGACAGUUCCAUGCCUCUGUAUAAGCGAGGGCCGUUCCAGAGGAACUCCGUACAGAGACGGAGUCAAAGGUGGAAGAGGUUCCCGAGCAGUAUCGGAGUGCGGGGUGGUAAGGUUGUGACGCGGACCUCCCUCGACAUGGAACUGGACCUGCAGGCAUCCCAGACACGCCUCUGUCACCUGCAGGACGAGAACACGAGACUUCGAGAGCUCAAGAAGAAAAUUGAGGAAGCAAAGUCAAGGGGUGAAACAGAGCUGCCCGCCUGGCUGUCCGAUGACGAGCACUUCCAGAGUCUUCUCAGUGAAGCAGACAAAGUGACGUGGCAAUUUUUCCAAGAGCACAUUGAACGUCAGCGUGAGGAGCUAGGUUCAAUGACAGUACAAGAGCGACGGGCUGAACAGUUAAUGAAGCGCGUUACCCGUGACGUGCAUCGCCUGAAACGCAACCACCCUAAUGCCCUUAGCACUUCCUUUAGAUUGGGACAAAGUAGAUUGAGAAAAGCUGGCGUACAUUACCACAGUGAACAUGCAGGUCCCCGUGAUUCCAACAGAUAACACAUCCCCGAACGGCGAGACAGUCAGUCAAGGGGAGGAACUCCGGGUACGGGAAAUACUCAAGGGUGACCAGCGUGAGGGACAUGAAGUCUGAAACACAGACAGACCAGCGAUGCAUUGAUCUUUUACUCAAAUGUAUUAUUCUAAGAUGAAUUUUGUGACAUUCAUUGCAUGUGCCAAUCUUAUUAGCAAGGACAAACAUCGACACUUGUAGUAUUAAAUAUGGAUUGGGUUAAGACUUAUAGAAAGAAAAUGUUUGAGAUCACACAGAAAUUCAUGGAGAAAUUUAUAAUUAUUACAAAUUGUCAUUUUGUUAUGAAACCUUGCACUUUAACAUGUUACUGGUAUGAUUUUAUGAUAUUUUAGUGAAAGAGUUACUCUCUUAGAUGUAAGUUCUUGUGUGUGAAGAUCAUAAGCCAAAGAUAAUAUUUCAAGAUAUACUGGACUCCCUUUAAAUUGUUUUAAAGUUAAAUGUUUUGUAGGGUAUUACGUGGUUGUAGUUGUAGAUGUUUUAGUAUCUGUAGAAAGAAUGCAUAUUUCGAAGUUCCAGUACACAUAGCCUGGUAAUUACUGAGGUUGUUGUGAAAAAGCCACUAUGAAAUUGGUAAAAUUUAGGCCAGUAAAUAUUUCUGUUUUGAAACCAUGCUGUAGAACUUGAUACAACAUAGAAGAGUUUAUUCAAAGCUGUAGAGCCUUUUACAGGGUUGUAGAGCAUAAAAAGAGCUUUAGAGCUUAAGAUAGAUCUGUAGAGUUUGAUACAAUGCUUUAGAGCUGGAAACAAUGCUGUAGAGCUUUAUACAAAGCUUUAGAGUUUGAUACAGAGCUGUAGAGCUUGAUGCAAUUAUGUAGAGCUUGAAACAGAGCUUUAGAACUUGAUAAGAGCUGAAGAACUUGAAACAGAGCUUUAGACCUUGAAACAUUGCUUGAUGCAAAGCUGUAGAGCUUGAUUUAAAGCUGUAGAGCUUGAUUCAAAGCUAUAGAGCUUGAUACGAGCUGUACAACUCUAUAUGGUGCCAGUUCUGUAGCCUAGUAACAGCUCAAGCGAACUGUUAUUUGCAUGUUACAUGUAUUUUAAAAACACAUGUACAAACACUCAACAGCAUAAAAUAUGAACAAAUGUAAAACUAUGACUUUUUGUCAAUUAAAAGAAAUUUGCCAAAAAGGAUGGAAGGAUAACACCAUUUAAUUGAUAACAAAAAGAUUUUGAUGUACAAAUGUUUGAAGUAAUCAAUAUGAAACUGAUACAAAUCCUAGUACCUGAUGUUCAGGUUGCUUUUUGAUACAUAAUUUGCUCCCACCAGUACUCGAUUUGCCAAGUGCCUCAUCAUCAUCAUCAAUGGGACAAUUUAAACAGCAAAAUUUUGUUUUCUAUGGUGUCGCCAAUACAACAAACUCAUAAAUUCAACUUGUGUAAAAUGACAUAGAAGAAACAACAAUGGGCCGAUUAUUGGGAACUUUGUUAAAGUUAACAAAAUUGUUAACUUUUAGCUUGAACUAUUUGGUGAUGUGCUCAUUUAUUUACCAUAUAUAAUGCAAAUAUAGCUCCUGUCAAAUCUUUUUAGAAAAACUGCAGAUCACAAGUGUAUCAAUUGAACUUCCAGUAAAUUAACAAAGAUGGCGUUAACAACGGUAAACAAAGUUCUGCUAAUCGUCCCUUGCCAUUCAGUUAUCCCACGCUCCAUUGUUAAUGGAAUGUAACAUGUGGUAGGCAACAAAGUUUUUUAUAUUGCUGGAUAACAUUUCUGACGCUUAAUUGCAAUGUAUGCGGCAUAUUUUUAUGUGUUUGUGAUUUGAUCGUAACUGACCAAAGUUGUUUAGAAUCGAUUCCUGAGUUUGUAUUUAUGGAUUGUUAUCCUAGUACUGAUAUUGUUUCAAAUUGUAUUUACACAUAUAAAUUAUAAUCUUGAUUUGCAAAUUUGGUAUGGCACUGUUUGUAUGACUUUAUAUUGCAGAAAAGAUAUUCUGGUUGUUAUUAUCCCAUCAUUUUGUCGUUACUUUUCCUCGAGUUUUUUAUGUGUUUGAUAAUUAGUGUCUUUUACAUUAUGGGUUAAAGCUGCACUUUCACAGAUUUACCAUUUUUACAACUUUUUUAUUUUUUGUCUUGGAAAGAGCAAAUUUUUGCGUCGAUAUCUGCAAAUCAAUGAUAAAAGAUUGCUGACAAAAAAUCAGAUUGUAUAUUUUCAUAUAUCCAUUCAAAAAUUAAUGUUUUAUGACUACAGUUUAAGAAAAAUGCAUAAAAUAUCAAUUUUUGAACUCAAAUAUAAAAAUCUGUGAUCUAAUUUUUUGUCAGCAGUCUAAUAUAACUGGUUUACAUGGAUUUUCGCAAAAAUUGGCUCGUUUGAACACAAAAAAUAAAAAAGUUGUCAAAACGUUAAAUCUGUGAGAGUGCAGCUUUAAACUUUAAGCUUGUUGUGAAUAAAUCUUUUGGUACAUUAUUUUUACUAAGAAUUCAACAUGUGAUUGAAAAGAAUGAUGUUGUUAUUAUUUAGCUCCAUAAGCCAGUUCAUGUAUACGAGAUAUUGUGAUAUUUUAUGUACGUUUCCAGUGGAUCUGGUCCUUGUUUUCACAGGUUUGAUAUACAGUUGUACGUCGGAAAAACUUGCAUGUCAGUUUUUCAUGUGUUGUAUUUAUUUUCCUUGCUAUUUGUGCUAUUGUUUUGAGAAAACGGUAUUGAAUUGUGAAAUCAACGGUGUUACUGUUUUAAUAUAAAAACUAUUUUAUCAGAACUGCACUUCUGCAGUAGUAUCCGUUAUUAAAAAGAUCAGUAUUGGUUUUUUUCUAACAAAGCAACAGAAUUAUUUUAAUAUGUUUUUAAUGGAUUUUAUAGUAAUGGAGCUUUAUUUUUAGCUUCCUAAGAAUUGUCUGAUAGUGUAUGGCAAUCUUAACGAUCAUUUUAAAACAGUUUUAGUUAAACAUAGUAACACUCAGUUGAUUUGAAGUUUGGAAUGAAUGACCAAUAUUCUACAUCGCUUUGGAUUGUGAAUCAUCGUUCUUUCAUUUUAUAUUCUAAAAUGAAUCUCAGAUCAUUGUUUCGGCAACAAAUACAACUGUUUAAUGUGGCAAAAAUAGAAAUUGGACACUAGGUUAUAAACAUGUAUACACUUUCGAAGCGAUUAUGCAAUUUUCUGAUUAUUUUCAUUUGAUGAAGGGUUCUGAUCCUAUUUAUUUUCUUCCCAAGUGGCCUUUUGGAAAUAGUGUAUAUAUAUAUAUAUGUGAAGACCAUGUGAGCUAUUUGACAUAGAUUAUAUAUACUAUAUGCAACUAUUUAUGUGUUGAUAUUAGGAUUGAAUGACCCUUGAUGGGCAAUUGUUGUAUUAACAUAAAAUGUAUACAUUUUUAUUUUGCAUAAAAACAAAUAAAAAAUAAAAUUGC